GGGAUUUCGUGAAACCGGAAGGGAUUGCAUUCGUUUUCUUUUCUCCCUCCUUUGCUCGGCUGCCGAACGACAUGCGAAUGGCAUCAGAAGCGAGAGCAUGCUGUCUAGUCUUGCUUAACCAAAACAGCUCUCGCAUACACUGCCGCUUCAAAAGUAUAACGGAAGCAGACGUUCUGUACAUGUCAGUCACUUCAACAACAGCUGUACAAUACUGAACCACGAAUCACUAGUCUGAACCAGGCUGCCCUGGUACUGUGGACGUAAAAUAUGUUCCGAUCGCAUGACGAAACCUGUAGUUGUACUCCUGAAACAGCACGCGCAAACAUUCUUGUCUCAUCGCACGGACGAAUGUCUGUUCAUUUUCCUGACUCGUACGUACCGUUGGACUGAUCACCGUGGGGGACAGACCUGACCGCGUUCAAAGAAGGCACCAAAUGAACCCACGUCUGAUUCAAACUCGUUACGUGGAGACGCACCCGUUGCUAAAAGAGACAUGCUCUUGCCGAUAGAUUCCAGCUGCUUGUCCAGCGUGUAAGGCCUGAUCAGAUGCCGCAGACGCGAGCCAGUCAUCUCAUAAUUUGAUUGAUGAUCUUCGCUGAAGUGAAUCGCAGACCUGAAAAAGUCUAUCAUUCCCAUCGUGAUUUCCUUUGUCCGCUCGUUCACUAAAAGCAACAGCGAGUAGUCCACAACAUCAAGCUUUGACAGCAACAAGGUAUCGUUGAAGAUCUGAGGGAAAAGAAGAUGGAUUCAAAUCGCGCAGCUGGUUGGAAAUCACUUACCGCGCUCUCAAUGGUCCUCAUGUCACGGAGGGGCAGCGCAAGAGGGAACCCUUUCGUAUACUCACGAAAGUUCUGAUCCCAAAGGACCAUCGACAUGACUGGUGCCCCAGCCUCCCUUUCCUGUUGCUGCUGUCCAGACGGGAGGCUUUCAGAGCUCCCUCCGCUUGCUGUUUGCACGUUGUCAGCUGAAGCGGACACCGAGACAUCCUUGGAGACGCCUCGCACGACCACGUUGUACUCCGGCGGUCUUUGCUGCUCCGGAUCACUCAGGGAUCUCGCGGAUGAGGUAUCCUGAGUCUCGGAUGUGGUGAUCUCGGUGGUGGUUGCGGUGGUCUCCUGCUGGAGUUCCUCGCCAGACGGCUCUUCAUCUGCAGGCCUCUCCGCGCUGUCAGGCCGUGUUGGAGACGGAAGUUUUGUUCCCGACCCAGUAACAUUGACAUAACGAUUUCUACCGACUCCCUGCAGGUUGAAAUUCGGCAUGAAGCCGGAGAUCAAAUGCUCAGGCGCGAAUCUUACCUUCAGGUCGAAUGCUAGCACAUUCUGCUCAUCCAUGUUGAACCGCAGAUUCUGGAGCACCACAUACUGGCGUCUCCACCUUUGGUUCUUUGCUUGGUUCUUGUAGGUCACCUACGAGAAGGCAAAGACAGAAAGAAUGGAGCAUAGAAGUGUCACCGAUAAGUAACGCACUGAAAAGAGCCCGUAGACUGAGGUAAGGGUGCUUGGAAGCUGGUGGAAGAAGAUACGCGCGAAGUAGUGGAAGAAGGCGACCCCGAAGGACAAGAACAUGCGGAGCUCGUAUCUGUUAACUUGCUUGAAUAUGUAUCUCCUGAGGGCAUGAGGAUUCAAUCCUCAGAAUGAUAACAACUCUCUGUCCGCUUGAACUGCUUACUGAUCAUGAGAAAUGGAGAACGAAGCCCCACUUUUUCCUCCCGAUGUCUGGAAGCUCGUGCACCGACAAAUUGACCGAAUGAAACUCAAGUCGUCUCCACAGAGCCAAUGUCGUAUGGCAUGAAAUUGCUGAGAAGACAACAAGCGUCAAGUCAUCAUUGUUCGUUUGUACCACAGAUCGUCUUUGGUCGUCUACCGGUGCAAAAUAAACUUCAAAUCAACAGGACAAGGAACAAGAAGAAAUGCACGGUGAAAAAGAACCUCGUGCUCUCAUGCUCACCCGUGACAGAGAAAUCUGCACCGCUGAAGGAAAUGAGGAACAGGAAGAAAAGGAUCCAAGGUAACGUGCUGUUUCAUACAUCGCAUAACGUGAUAGUCCUACCCGUCAUCAAAAUCGACUUUGAUGUGGGACUUGGUUGGCGACAUCAGUAUCUGUUCCAUAACACGCUUCUCGCUAUCUCCCCACUCUCGACCAGAACUCGCCUUAGGAGCCGAAGGAGGCUCGCCUCGAGCAGAUUCCGACCCCGCCUUCUCGGUCGACGGAACGCCGGGAACCGUUGGUGCCUCGGUCGAGUGUUGCGAUGGAGAGGGGACGUUCUGUUGCUGCCGUUGUACAGAGUCCUGUUGGGUUGUUGGAUGGUGUCGAAACUGCUGAAGCAGUUCCUCCGACAAGGAGUGCACGUCCGAAGAGCCACCCUGGACCUCCGUCGCAGCUUCCGAGUCACUGUGCACCUCGAGUCCUUUUCUCGCCUUGGGCUGUGGUUUGGGGGCGAGGGCGUCGUUGGUGAAUCUCCGGUGACUGUACGUCUCUCUCAGGUUCUUGGAAGCCUCGUCGGCCGACGACGUCUCCAGCAUUGCCUCCUGUGGGCCGCUGAGGAAAACGGGCGAGUGCUCCGGAAUACUCUCACAGACAGCUUGAAGCCGUGCCUUCUCAGCCCUCUCCUUUGUCAAGUCUGGGUUAGCUGGAAGUCCAUCCGACCGGAUCUUCUGGUCACUUGCUUCGACAGCCUCUCCUUCUUGGCUCGCUUCUUUCGCCGGCCGCGGUUCUCCGACAGGAAGAGGUGUCUCCGAAGGCUCACUCAGAGCAUGGACGACUCCCCUCUGGUAACAACUGUCUUGCGAUGACGGUGUACUGCUAAGGGACACAGAUUUCGAAGCAAAGAGGGGCAGCGAGAACAAGCAUGUGUUGGAAAUGGUUGCAUGUGCGACGCUGUCGUCGGUCCCGGUGACUGGAGACAGGCGACUGAGAUCGAGCUUUCCGGGAGCAUCAGUCGCCUCCAAAGCCGCAUCGCCAUUGUCGUUGGCCCCUAGAGAAUCCGGUCGAGGCUGAUGAAGUCGUCCUUCACUAGGUUUUGCCUCGUCUGAAGCCCUGGAGUUGCGUCGUGACGAAGACGGAGGGGCAGACGCUAAAGGGCAUUGAGGCGUUCCACUCAUUUUCCUCCACAAGUGUCGCAUUUGACCCCACAAAGGCGCGCACAGCAGGGCAUAAGCGAUAAUAGAGCCAACAUCCGCAUCAGACACCGGGAUGACGAUUGCAUGGACGCAGCGCGGCAAGGCCAAGUGCAGCUCCGCAAGCGGGCUCGUGGUACUGAGUCGCCUCUUGAAGCGGUCAUGAGCACGCGACGAGAGAAUCUCAAGGGCAGCGGCGCUAUCAAAAGUAGUCAACGAGAGGCCAUCAAUGCUGACGGUGUCGUGUUGCAGAGGUUGCAGAGGCGUGGUGGUUCCGGGUGUCUCUGGGAUCCCGUCUGCACUUCGACCAUGACCUUCGGAAGACGGCCCGUGUUGCGGCUUUGGAAGACCAGCAGGCACGGCUGACACACAUAGAAAAACAGGAAAAGACCUCUAGCUCCAGGCAACUCACCCCUUGCAAUGAACAGCUGCUCACGUGGUGUAUGUUUUUGAGAAGCAGCAGACCCGGGUACCGGGAUCUUUGCGCUCAAUGCAGACGACUGCACGGGUAAUUUGAAGAGGUUUGCCGUAAGGGUUGAAAGGAUACCGCAAUCAACGGUUAGGGAUCUCAUCCGCCUCCUUCCAACACCUAAAGCGAAGGGAAAGUACGCAACGUACCCGGAGCGUGGUGGUCCUCAUCGCUGCAUUGUUUACCAUCCUUUGAGAAGACAGCCGACGUUCGGCGACUGAUUUCCGCCGUCGUCCGUUCGGCCUCAUGAGAGACUGUGUACACAAGAAGGGUUAGCAACAUGGCAUGUUUUUCCCGACGCACCAGUGCUUUAAUUACCUGCAGGGAGAUCUAACGCGCUCUUGGACUUCCGAGCGAGGGGAUGUUUGGGUAGGGAUUCGGCUGCGGAGUUCCUGUUGCCGAGUGAAAACAGGAUGAAUGCGCGCAUGACCUUCUGGUUCAGAAGGCGAUUCCACUUCCCGGAUCCGCGGAAGGUGCCUUCCAGAGAUAGCUGGUCACGAAUGAAAGAUGACAGACGCUCGCUGGGGGGCCGCUCUGGCGGUGCUGGUGCUGCUGUUGCUGCUGUUGCUGCUGCUGGUGCUGUUGCUGUUGCAACAGCGGAGGACGAAUUAGGCAAGCUGAUCCUCCUACCCGCAACCAGUAACUGCACAAGAGCGAGACAAAACUCGACAUGCACAUGCCGUGACUGAGUUCAAGUUUAAUUUCGCUCACACUUAUGGCAGCCACUUCUCGAAGGAGCAACAGAUCCGAGAACUUCAUUGCUGGGAUUCGAGACGCUGCAGACUGGCUAUUGGUGACCGAGACGGCAGAAGAAGGCGGUGGCAACACGGCGUAGAACUGCUCCUUCAUAGUAAAUGUGCAUCGAACAAACUCCCUUUUCAGGAUGUUCAGGGACAGAAUGUCGAGAUGCUCCCGCAGAGCAUCGAACCUGAGAUACCGACGCAUGAUCGAGAGAAUUCAGACAAACGCUUAUCAUCGAUGUACUUCAUGGGGAAGGCUCGGAAAUUCAGGGCAACGCGUCUGCGGAUGUCCUCGAUGCCCUGCAAAACGCGUUGGACCUUUUCUCCACAGAGAGGUUUUGUAUUCUAUUUAUGGGUGCGACCUUUAUGGUUUUCUGCCACAUGAUCCGCUCGCUACUCGUGCACCAGACAAGGAAAUCAAUGACCUAAAAGAAGACAAGAGAAGAAUUUUCUUCCGAAGGACCGAAAGCCAGCAGAGCACUUGCCUGUUCCUCAAUGGAUUGGAACAGCUCCAUCAUGUCUCGAAACAAAUCCGUAGUCAACGCCUCGAGAUUCUCCAAAUCUUUUGCGACGAGUUGAGUGGGCUGCAUCUGCAAAACUUGAGGCGCUUUUAUCGUCUCCAAACUCGGUUCCGUUUCUGGAGGGUGCCUGUCGACGGGUCUGGGCUCGUUUACUGGUCGAGGCUUCGACGCUCGAAGGUCACGCGAACUCAGCACUGGCACACUGUUGAUGAGUGGUAGAUGCUGAGUAAGCUUAAUCUUGUAACAUGGCAUUGCCUCCCACUCGAAAGCGACCACCUGAGCCAAGGCAUGAGAUGUCUUUGUUGGUCUACGCGAGUUCAUUUUCUACCAGGCUCGAAGUCGCAAAACACUUCACAUGAUUCCGGAACACAAGAUGGUUGCAUUCUCUUAGCCUACAAGAACAAAUGAAUUUCACGGUUGACGCACUGAAAAGCAUGAAGCUUCACCUGCAGGUGUAGCUCUUGUUGAGGAAGAAAAUGUUGAGAAACUUCGAAAACGGUAGCCGUCCACUUGCUUCACCAGAAGAGCACGAACAGAAAGGACAUAGGAUCAGAAUUUUAAGUUUUGAUUCGUGCCGAAGACCUACCCUUCGUGAGCGGAUUUCUCGGUGUGACCUCCUUUUGACAUAGUUUGCACCAAUGCCAAGUCAGAAUUUGCGAAGGUUGCCGCCUGGAAGAAGUCUCGGCUAGAUGGUCACCGCCGCCCUCUGUCACUUGAAGAGUGAAAGAGUACGCUGACGGGUUCGAUGAAGAGAUUAACGUGUCCUCAACAUCGGUUCGGCUGUCGUCGGAUUGAUCCGGCAACGACGCUGAUGGCGUUAGUCCGCGAGAGUCAUCUUGAGGCUGUUUCAAAUGACACUACGAUACUUGUGGCCGCAUCAUGAUUCUGCAUUCGUACUUACACGCUCGCGGAUAGUGACGAGAAGCCGAUGAUGGAGGUGUUGGUAGCAGAGGACGUGCCUUGUUAGAGGCAGCCUGCAGCGAGACUGGUUGCCGGGACACUUCCUGAAAGAGAUUCGGACAAGAGCAUGCGAGGUGCUUCAGAGCGUUUGCAUCUGCAGUAGUUACCGAAUGUCUGCGUUGAAACACCGAUUCUCCAGGAAGCUGGAAAGGUGCACAUGGACAUUUAUGCACAAAUCGGGUGCUCUCAAGCAUUUCUUUACUCCUGAAGGGUCAUGUCUUCGGGAGCCAGGAAACGCAUGGUGUCCAACUGCAAAACGAUAGUGAACAGAAUGUCAGUGUCUGAUGAGUUUCUUACCCCAGGAAUGUCAGUGUCUGAUGAAUUUCUUACCCCAGGUUCGACGCAUUGAUUCUGUUUGCCAACCUAGUGAGACAAAUCAAAGAAGCAAUACCAAAAAAAGCAUUUCAAUUCGAAAUCUGGAAGUGAUAAUCCUCCUACCCAAAAGAACAGGAAGUCAACACGUUGACUCGCUUCCCAAUGGAAAGCAUGGUCGAAGACCUUCACCCAAUCCAGGCCCGUUCCAUCAGCUCGCAUGAAAUCCUGAAACAAAUAAACUUCGAAGGUUAACCACGGCAAGAUGUAUGGCAAGGAGCAUACCGCGACAGGCCGCCGACCACACAGGCGCGCAAGCAUGUCUUUCUCAGAGAGCUCCAGACAGGGCGAAGACUGCGCCCAACGAAGCCACCUCGCUGGGCUCCCACGCUUAGAAAAUGCUCCCUCUGCUCUCUUGUCAUCAGUCUCUCUCUCAGGGGCGACACUGCUGGGAGCCUCAUCGGUCUCUCUGUCCGGGGCGGCAGUACUGGAGUCUUGCAGUAAAACAUCGGCAUCAGAUGGGGGAAGCUUUUGCUUUUUGGUGAUGUUCUUCUGCUUCCGCCUCUUUGCUUUUUCCAAGAUGGUCUUGUACGCGCUUGUACGCACAGAGGGCCGGUCGCUGCAGAAUGCUGCUCUCGCCAAGGAAUCAGCGGGAAGUUUCUUCACCGGGGGAGCAGCGGGACCUGACUGUUUCUUGAUCACUCCCAAGCGUUUUCGAAAGAGAAGCAUGCCCUCGCUGGGAGUUGGAAGGUCCAUCGGCUGCUGCAGUUUGUCCAGCCACGCGAAGGUUGAUGAUGCCUUCCCGCGAUCCUUGAGUGAGGAAAGGCAAGAUGAUGAUGAUCUUGAAACCGUGCAGAAGCUGUCGAAACAGAAGCUGCAAAGGAACAACAAUGGACAGAGCGUCAACUUGCUUCUGCGCGCUGUCUCUCUUUAUUCUUACUCGGCCUCUAGUUUCAGACAGUAAGCAAGACGAAUGGCCCAGCGAAGAACUUUCUUUGCUCUCGACAGCACGCCCUCCUGAGACAUAGGGUCAGGAUCGAUCUGGUCAGAAGACCUUUCCCCACGUGAAUCAUCCCCACGCAAGCAGAUCGUGCACCCCCGAUCCGGAAGGCAACCUGCGUGAACGGAGAGUCGUUUUGAUUAGGUCUCUGGUUGCAUGUUUGUUUCACCUUCCAGAACGACGAGAGGAACUUGGUUUGGGUCCUCCUCGAGACGCAGAACUGAAAACCGACGACAAAAGCCUAGUAUCUGCUGCUGCUUUGGCUACAAAUCCACCGAAAAAGCCCAAUACUACAAUCCGCUCGCAAUUAUCCACAUUUUCGUCGUGGCUCAUACCUUGUCUGACAAGUCGAUUGAAGGAAGAAUCGUCGCCCCUGUGCACUGACUUAUCCGUUUCAACGUCUUCGCAGGCACGUUGACGAUCAAGGUGACUCCACUCUCCCUAAGAGCCAGUGAAGACAAUUCAAAUCACAGUGUCGAGGCGCUUAUUUCUUCUUCUUCUUAGUUCUUGGCCACCGCAGGCGUUCUUGGGCUAUCCUGGCAACGCUCUUCUCGCACUGAAGAACGAAUGGGAAAGCGGACAGAAACCAUUCGCUGUUUUAUUCACGGUCCAUUGCUUCACUGCCGCUGACAAUCAGGAGGUUAGGGCGUAACUCCACGAUCUGAACGGAACCAAGACCAGACCCCUCGCGUUGACCUGUGUUGCUGUCAUGGUUUGCCAAUUCGAACCUUGUUCACAAGAAUGUCGACAUAAUGCAGCUCCUGCUCGAUCAAUGAAUCUGUUGAAGACAUCGUCACUUAAGAUGUCGCAAGCAGUGAUAUCACAUGCCGCUCACCCAGGGACGUGAAUUUGUUUUGUCCGCGCUGAAAUUCCAACUCAGACGAAAGAAGGAGGAUCCUCACGUUUUCAAUACUGCAGCAAACCAUACUCAAGGUGUGUCCUGUGGCCACCGGUCCCGCCUUCCUUUGUUUCGACCGUGGCUCCGUCUUCCUUGCCUGUCCAUCAUUUUGCGGUGACACAAGUUUUUCGGAAACACCACGCCGUCGACGUAGAACGAGUUCGAUAUGUCCGCCCCUCGAAUCCUCUUUAUCUGCACAGUCCACCAAGGUGGGCCGAUCGUGAUGCUUGCUGAUGCCUAUCAGCUAAUGAUAAUACCUUCACAUUUCGUAAGACAUCAAGGUCUGAAUGGUCGGUGCAUUGAAUCCUCUCCACACACCUCAAAGCCAUUCCGCGGAUAACAUGAGCAUAUGUGUCACUCAGUCCCAACAACCGACAGAAAGUCAGCACACUUCCAUCCAAAUACCCCCACGCCUCGCUCUGAUGAAAGACAUAUGCACCGUCACCUAAAUUGCCGGUAUCUACUGCUACACUAUAGUAUACUACCGUCAGAGCUUUCUUUGCGCUCGUCUCGGAAUCUGUCACCUGGGGGGUCGCCUCCUCGACCUAAACAGACCAGCAGACCAGUGCACCUCAUGAGUGAAGCGGCAGAACGCGUUGUCAGCCGGUAUGGUGUGGACCUGGGGCUCAGAUAGCGUGUCACUGGACUGCUCAAGGCCAUCAAAAGCCUCGCUCUCUCUCGCGACGCGAUGCGGCUCGACAUCUGCGUGUCUCGCCCAGAAUGUCGCUUGCGGCUGAAUGUCAUCUGCUGAAUCGUCGUCUGCUCGAGCCGAUGCUGCUCGGACUUCUCCGCUCGCAGACGACGAUUCGUCUUCGCUCUUCAGAGGCCAAGCAGGGACCGUCAGUCGCGCUCGUGAUCGCAUAUGUUCAUCCUUCUCCGCAAUGCGGCGACAGAAGUCGCACACCCGGACGCUUCCGUGAACUCCCAGCUGCUUUCCCGGAAGGAAGUUGGAGCAGCAGCUGUUGCAGAAAAUCUGCAGAAAGCACACCGACGACCUCUUUCAUGACAGCUCUUGCUCGUCUCAGACUACCUGGCCGCACAGCCGACAAUGAUGUCGCCUUCGGAAAGUGUGGAAGGGAAGCGAGCAUUGAUAGCAAGCUUUGCCUACACGACAAACACAAAUGAGAUAUGGAUAGCUGUCAGAACUUCUGCUUACACUUUUUGUCGGGCAUCCAAAACUUCUUUGCAUGGGCUUGCCCUGCAGCAAGCACAGUACACACGAAAUAAUCAUACACUUACAUUAUACCCAGUGCGCAACCUACCUGAUUCUGUCGGCGCCAGGCUUCUGCUUGAGCGUGCGACGACUGGCGGGAUAAACAGUCGCGCUCCCUCAUCGUCAACAUCACCACCAUGCUCAGAUGACAUUUGGGGGGACAAG